GUUUCUUAAAGGCUACAAGAGCUAUAACGGAAAACACCCUUGAAAACCGCAUUUCCUUGUUUGAACCAUUUUCCGUACAGAAGAUAGUUUUGCGGACCUUCAUUCCUUUUGACCACUCCGACCACCGAAGAUGCUUCUUCCACUUUGCGCGAUAACAGCUUUCCUCGCCUGUGUGCCUGGGGGCUUCGGCGCCGGUUUAGAGUCACCAAUCUCACCCAAUACUCCGAUGUCAUCCUUGAUCGCUUCAGCAAAAGCACAUCUCUCGAGUGGUUCGCCUCGAGACGCUUUACUGUAUCUGGAUGCAGCGAUCUCCCGGGAUCCCACAAACUACCUCACUGUCUUCCAGCGUGGCGCGGCCUACUUAUCUCUGGGACGCCGGGCGCAAGCCCAAGAUGAUUUUGACCGUGUUCUCCAGCUGAAACCGAAUUUUGAGGGCGCUCUUCUACAAAGGGCUCGUCUCAGAGUCAAUACGGCCGACUGGUCUGGCGCUUUAAAUGAUCUUGAGAAGGCCGGAAAGAAGAACACACCCGAAUAUGAAGAAUUUCAGAAUGCGCGAGACGCCACCAUUCGAGCACUGGAUGCGGAGAAGAAAGGCGCAUGGGAAGCCUGCGUGAGUGAGGCGACCACCGCUAUCGCGAAGGCCAGUGCGUCUCUCACCCUACGGCGGAGCCGGGCACAUUGUCGCUUCGAAAAAGGCGAGCUCGAGGAAGGAAUUAGCGAUCUUACACAUACUUUGCAGAUUUCCCCAGGCUUAAUAGACCCGCACUUGCAGAUCUCAUCUAUGCUCUUUUACACUCUCGGAGAUGUCGAACGAGGACUCUUACAGAUACGCAAAUGCUUACAUUCAGAUCCGGAUUCGAAACCGUGCAACAAGCUUUACCGGCGAGAGAAGCAGCUGGAUAAACGCCUCCGAAAAUUGCAGGAUACUCUAGCAGCACGGAAGUUUAAUAAUGCUUUGAAUUUUCUGGUAGGUGCUGACGGUCAGCCCGGUCUUGUCGAUGAUGUUCGUGGAGAUGUAGGGCAAGCCAAAGAGGCGGGGUACAUCUUUUCUGACUCCCAAGGUGUACUUUAUGCAUCCUUGGUCGAGAAAACCUGUGAAGCAUAUAAAGAGGCACAUAUGCCCAAACGCGCGUCCACGUUCUGCUCCGAAGCCCUUGCAUUGGACCCCCAUUCUUUGCCAGCGCUCUUGUUCAAUGCUCAACAUGCCCUGGAUGAGGAUAGAUUCGAGGAUGCUAUCCGUUACCUCAGCACGGCCAAGGAACAUCACCCUCAAUCGAAGGAGGUCCAAACUCUCCUCCAAAAGGCUAUGAUCUUACAGAAGCGUUCCAAGCAAAAGGACUACUAUAAAGUUCUCGGUGUAUCCAAAGACGCGGACGAAAAGGCUAUCAAGCGAGCCUACCGACAGCUGGUAAAACAGCAUCAUCCUGAUAAGGCAGGGUCUCAGGGUAUCACAAAAGAAGAGGCUGAGAAGAGGAUGGCUGGUAUCAACGAGGCUUACGAAGUCCUUUCUGAUCCUGAACUUAGGGCACAGUAUGACAGUGGCGUCGAUCCCAAUGAUCCAGAAUCGCAGAGGCAGAAUUUCCACGGAAGCCCGUUUGGUGGAGGUCAUCAAUUCUUUUUCCAGCAGGGUAGCCCGCAGUUUAAAUUCUCCUCUGGGCAGUUUAAUUUCCCAGGUGGUUUCCCAUUCUAG